AUGGUGAACCCUCGGUUACUGAAAGUCGAGAAAUGGUUUGGAUCAAAAAAGGAGCUUGCUGCCGUGCGAACAGUUUGUUCUCACGUAGAAAACAUGAUCAAAGGUGUAACAAAGGGAUUCCAGUAUAAAAUGCGUGCUGUGUACGCUCACUUCCCCAUCAACUGUGUAACCACCGAAGGCAACUCAUUGAUUGAAAUCCGUAACUUCCUUGGCGAGAAGUUCAUCAGAAGGGUGAAAAUGGCACCUGGUGUAACAGUUGUCAACUCACCCAAACAGAAGGAUGAAUUAAUCAUUGAAGGAAACUCGAUUGAAGAUGUUUCUGCUUCAGCAGCCCUUAUCCAACAGUCCACAAUGGUCAAAAACAAGGAUAUCAGAAAGUUCUUGGAUGGUUUAUAUGUGUCUGAGAAGACUACAGUUGUAGCAGAUGAGAUU